GGCACCACUCGCAAGCAGGCAGGCGCGGAUAACAUGGUACAUCGCCUGCGGGAACAGCGGUCAACGAUGCCCGAUCGCGCAGAUGCCAUGGCACAUUGCUGCUGCUGCUGCUGCUGCUGCUGCCCGAGAGGUGCCAACCACUGGCCCUUACUCGUUCCCGGUCGAUCUUCCGAAUCCAGUCUGACGCGCCAUGAGCUGGUUUGCUUAAGAAGGCGUCGGGGGCCAGCAUGCUCCCGCUCUCUCUCAGGACGUCUUGACCCCGAGUCGUCCUCAACUUUCAUACUCAACCUAAGAGAAGCAAACCAGAAGUCGCACAUCCCCUCCAACUCCCUGCAACACUACAAAAGCCUACCUAGUCCCUCACACCAUGGCCGCUGCUGUCGCUGUUCCCCUGUCCACCAUCAACAGCGAGCUCGGCGGCGUGCUACCCCCCAGCGCCGUCGUGCAGCACUCGCCUCGCCAUGGCCGGAGCCGAGCGAUGAGCAUGAAGGGCAAGGGCGGCCGGCAGCGCGGCUACAGCGUGGUGGAGGACCGGGACGUGACUAUCGCCAAGGCUCUCAUGUUUGUGGUCAAGCGGGCCAUCCAGAAGGAAGACGUCGAGGAAGGGGAUGAGGGGGAGUACCUCGUGGCCGACCCCGAGGGCUGGGUCAGCGUCGCCGAUGUGCUCGCGCACUCUCGGCUCUCCGCCCUGGGGGCCACCUUUGACGACAUCCGAAGGGUCAUCGCCAACGCGCCCAAGCCGCGGUUCGACCUGCGCAAGGCUUCCAACGCCGAUGCCGAACCCGAAGAGCCGGCCGCCUGGCAAGUCUCUCGCAUCACCCACAAGGAAACCACCGCGUCUCCAGUGCCGGUUGGGGACAAGCUCACGGCCGACUCGCCGGACCUGCCCGAGUUUGUCAUCUACGAGACCUCGUAUCAGAGGUACCCCCUCCUCCUGGCGCUGGGUGCCAUCACCAGGGCUCCAGGCGGCAGCGAAUACCGCGCUUUCGUGCCCGUAACGGUGGACGAAGAGGGCAACGAGUCGCGCCAGCACGCCGGCGCCGGGGAUGCUGCCGAGAUCAGCAUCUGGAUUCACCUGCGCACGGCUCUGCAGGCGGAGCCGUCCAUCGCGUGGAGGCGCAGCGAGAGCGGCGCCAUCGUCACGGUUGACGACGUCCCAAAGAGCCUCUGGAACAAGGCCAUCGCCCGGCGGCCCGAGAUUGGCAUCCUGUUCGAGGACGGCGAGGUCCGCAAAGAGGUCCCCGCCAAUCUUCGCGGGAAAGGAGCCAAGGGCAAGACUCGCAAGGGCAAGGGCGCCCUGAAGCAAGAGGGCAGCGGUGAUGACUCAGGCAGCGCCAGCGAGGAGUAGACUGUCAAGCGCUGCGGGAUAUUGCUUCAGAGAAUAUUGCAUGAAAUCUAAUUACAAAUCGCCACUGCGGCGGAUAUGGCAUUCCUCCAUCAAAGAGAUCAUAAGAUAUCAUCGUCUGAUUAUUAAUUAUAGCUAGUUAUUGCCAGACAGUCUGAUUACGACGGGCAGAUAAUGCUUUUCCUCAGAUUGCAGCACUCGUUCAAUGUGAUGGUCUCAUGUCUAUGCCUACCUACUUGCUUUCCCUGGCCUUGCUCUCGACUCGGGAUCCCAUAAAUUGGAAAGCCAAAUGAGUCAUCAGCAUAGCGAAGAGAAGAU